AUGAGCUAUUACAACAGCAACUGCUAUGGUGGCCUUGGCUAUGGCCUUGGUGGUUUCGGUGGCCUGGGUUCUGGCUAUGGUUCUGGCUAUGGUCUUGGGGGUUAUGGUGGAUAUGGCUAUGGCUACUUCCAUCCCUCUUUCUAUGGAAGACACUGGUCAAUUGGAUUCUUCUGA